AUGGCCGACACUACCCCACGAAAGAUCGUUGUUGUGGGCGGAGGAGUUGCUGGAAUAUCGCUGGCACAUUACCUCUUACGACACACUCUACCAGCCCUUACGGAACGUCUGGGACAACCUUAUCAUCUUACCCUUGUUUCGCCAUCAUCUCAUUUCUACUGGAAAGUCGCUGCACCACGUGCCCUGGUAGAACCAAGCCAAAAUAACGCCGAGCCCUUUGUUGCGAUUGCAGACGGAUUCAAAGAUUACCCGGCAUCGCAAUUCACCUUUAGCCAGGCGGAGGCAAUCCAGGUCAACGAGAAGGCUCGCACUCUCCAUGCUAAGUCGCCGGGGACCAAUGAGAAUACCCCAGUCAAAUAUGACUGCCUGGUCAUCGCCACAGGGACAUCCUCUCAUAGCCCGUUAUUCUCCCUCAAGGGCCCACAUACCCAGACCAAACACGAACUUGAACAUAUUCAAGAUCGCUUACGCGACGCUCAAUCGAUCCUAGUGGCUGGCGGGGGCCCGACAGGCGUUGAAACCGCGGGAGAGCUCGGGGCGAUGAGCAGUCGCUGGCCCGGCGCUAAGAAAUCUGUCACCAUCCUAUCGGGAAAUGAACGUCUGUUACCAAACGCCAGUCCCGGGACCUCUGCCACUGCCGAGUCCAAGCUUGGCCAGUUGGGGGUUGCAGUCAACCAUGGAGUCCGAGUCAACUCGGCCAUUCAGAGAGAGCAAGGCGAAAAGUCCUGGGACCUCACAUUGAGCGAUCAGUCUACUCGCGUAGUCGAUGUCUAUAUCGAUGCAACAGGCAGUGCACCCAAUACUGCGUUCCUGCCAUCGGCCUGGCUCGAUGCAAGGGGUUAUGUCAAAACCGAUCAAUCCAGUCUUCGCGUGGAGGAUGCAGCCGGGAUCUACGCCUUGGGAUCUGUGACUUCCUUCACGAAUGGGAGCUUCUUCGACGCCGUUGAGCCUGUCCGACCCCUCGCUGAUAGUAUUCGGGAUGACGAGCUCGCCAUAAACCCCGACGCAUCCCGUCGGGGUCAAACUUGGUGGGAGACCUUCUUCGGUCGUCGCACCAGAGAGUAUAGGCAGAAAGUCUCACUGACGCAAUUUGUUGCUGUGGGGCGAGAUGGGGGUGUCGGGGAACUCGGGGGCUGGCGGGUGCCGAGCGCAUUGGUGUACAAAGCAAAGGCAAGGACGCUGAUGUUAGAAAAGAUGGGCCCGAUCAUGCACGUCAAUGCUAAUCGACAAGCGUCUUUCCGUUUGAAACUCCAAUCUCUUUCCGCAGACACCACAUUCGAAUUUAUCGAUGGGCCUUUUGAAUCCGAGCCCGCACCGGAUGUGGCGCCCUUUUACUCCCCUCCCUACUAUAGCUUUUGGCAAGGAAAAUCAGUCCCCGCCAUUCGAGAGGCCCAUAGACAGCUGCAAGAGAAGCUAGAUCGCGAUGGGCCUUAUAAUGGCGUCCUCUGCUUCUCACAGGGCUGUAGCCUCAUCGCAAGCUAUCUUCUCUAUCACGAACGCAUGCACCCAGACACGCCGCCGCCCUUUCGACUAGCAGUGUUUAUUUGUGGCGGUGUCCCUUUACCGAUCCUCGAGGAUUUGGGAUUACCAAUCUCUUCACAGGCCAGUCAAUGGGACGAGGAAACAAGCCGACUCCUGAUGUCCAAGAACACCGAUCACAGUUGGCUGGCCCGAAACACUGGCGCUGGUCAUGGUCCGGGGCCAGGAAUCGACAGAUGGGCACCUGCUCCCGGAGCGUUGCCUGUAAUCCAUGCCGCCCAACGGCAACAUUAUAUCAACAAAUCCGAUGUCUUCGGUCUUGACCUGACGUGCAAGCCAGAUGAUAUGAGAAUUCGUAUUCCCACGGUGCAUAUUUGUGGAUCACGGGAUCCACGUUUCCCGGCUGCAGUACAGCUGCAUGCAUUGUGUGACGAGGCGCCACUUUGGGAUCAUGGUGGUGGUCAUGAUAUACCUCGCGGCCGGGAGACUUCGCAGCGAAUUGCAGAGUUGAUGGUCAAAGGCAUGAGUCGGGGCGAGGAAUGGGUGCAUCCAGUUGUUGGGGGCUUGGUAUAG